AUGAUCGUGAAGGUCUUCGACCACAUAUACAUCAGCAACGUGUACGAUGCAAACGAUAUUUACCAUCUGAUAAAUUUAAACAUCGGGGGAGUCCUCACCUGCUUCCGUUGCAUGAGCAUCGAGUGGUGCCACCAUGACCCCAAGGAGAAUAGAAAGAUUUUCUACAAAGAUAGGUUUCUAAAAUGGAGGGGGGAAUUUUUGAGGGACCAUGGAGGAAGGGGCUCCUCCCCGUUGGCAGUAUGUCAGGGGGUCUCAGCAGUGGGAGGCGGCCCUGAGGCGGCCACGAGAUUCACCCCGUGUAGCAAGAGUGCCGGGGGGGACACUUUUUCACGAGGGACAAUAGGACAUAUCGAGGAGGACCUCUUUACGAAGCCAUACGCACACUACGACUAUAUUCUUUACCCACUCGAGAUUGUUAAGACGAGGAUGGCCAAGGAGACCAUCGAUGAUUACGUAAAAGCAAUGGUCCAUUUGAAGGAGGACGUAGAGGUGAAUUGCAUCCCCGUUGUUGACACAGACGUGUCAGCAUCGGCAGAAGAGGAGAUAGAGAAGUGCCUGGGUGGAGUGUCAGACCACGCGGACGCAUCGAACAGCGACCAAGGCGAGGAGAACCGAACCAGACAGAGAAGCAGCAGUUUAGGAGAUGAGCAGACUGUAUCUGAAAGGAAGAGUCAUAGUCCGAAUCCAAAGGAGGGGAACCACCCUGAGGGGAUUUCGAGAAGUGCCGAAAAUUUAACAUUGCCUAGCGAACCUGAUGGGAAGACGCCCCAUGACCGAUUAGCCAUUUUGCCAGGGGACCACCCUGGGAUGCCCCCCAUGAACGGGCAGCCAAUACAGAGAACCACACAGACGAUAUGCCAGCUGAAUGCAAUUCUGAGGGAUGAAAAGAAUAGAACCGUCCCAUCCAGCAAUGUAUACAAAAUGAAGCAUAUGUAUUUGGACAUCUUAGACACCUUGGAUGAGAACAUUCUGAAUCAUGUGGACAAGGCCCAUGCCUUCAUCGACGACGUGAUUAGGGAUAACAAAAAUGUGUUGGUCCAUUGCAUGGCUGGUAUCUCUCGCUGCUCAUCCAUCAUCCUCUCUUACAUUUCGAAGAAGAAUGGGAAGGGCAUUGCAGAGAACUUUGCCACUCUCAAGGAUCGCUACCCCUUCGCCCAUCCCAACGAAGGCUUCUACAGGCAGCUGCUUCUCUACGAGCGGAUGAACUACACCUUAGAUGGACGAAGCGAAUACCAUCGCGUCUAUGAAGAGGUAAAGCGCGACCGGGGUGCACUGGAGCAGCUAAAAGGGUUGAACCUCAAAAAUGAGCCAGACGCGAUGUACAAGUUUAGGUGCAAAUUCUGCAGGUUUACCCUCUUCAACGACAACGACAUCAUUGAGCAUCAGUUGGACAAGUACAAGAUAAAGAAAAAGUACGGCGAUUCCUGCACAAGCAUCUUCAUCGAGAGGAAGGAGUGGAUUCUCACGGAGCAGAAGAUGAAGGGCGUCUUGAUUUGUCCAAACAAAGAUUGCAGCGCUAAGCUAGGAAAGUGGUCCUGGACCGGAAUCUGCUGCUCGUGCGGCUAUUUACAGACCCCAGCCUUCAUGAUUAACACGUCUAACGUCGACCGCAUGAGGAUUAACCCCAACUAA